AUGCACCACCACCCACGGAAUCGAGAAAGAGCUAUCAAUCUGUCAAUCCUGUCCGUGUCCGGGCCGGACUUUGGUUUCCCGGAAGCUGCCCGGCGGGUCAUGGGAAUAACGCCGCCGCAUCGCCAGUCGGCAUCGUUUAUGGUCGGAACUACGACGGGCGGGGCGGCGGAGGCCGGGCGGCGAGGACGCGGCGACCGGCCCGCGGGGGGGGGGCGAGACCGGGGACCCCCGUCCCGCGCUCGGGCGAGCGCACCGGGGCGGGGGGCGCCCCCUCGUCCGGCACGCGACGGCGGCGGCGGCGGCGGCGACGACGACACGGGCGACGGAUCGGGGCCGCGGCGGGCCCGGGAAGCGAGGCACACCGGGGCACGGCCCCGGGGAGCAGCAGACGGCGAGGGGACCGAGGCGGACGGACGGACGGAGAGGGGCACCGACGGGAUGCGGCCACGCGGGGCCGACACCACGCGACCGGCGGCGGAGGUGGGGUGGCCGCGCGCCACCGCGAGGGGAACGGCCCAAAGCGACCCGGGGGAGGGGACGCGAGUCGGCCGCCGGGGCCCACCGCGGGAUCUCACCGCCACAGGCCCUCCCGGCACAGGGGCGGUCCCGCGGCACCACCCGGGGACGACCGCCUGGCGCCCCCACCCUCGCGGGGCUCACGCCCACCGCCACCCCCGGAGCCGCAGCCGGCCCGGGGAGAACACUCUCCCGCCGCACACCGGCGCCCCCUCCUCCCCCCUCACGGCCCUGACGCGCGCGGGGCCCCCCCGCCCCGCCCCCCUCGCUCAGGGCUCCGAGGGCACUGCUCCGCCCGGGGACGCCACCGGCCCGGCAGAGGCCGGGGGACGACACCCACGGGACCGGAACGCGGGCGGUCGCACGCGCGGGACGAGGAGAGGCGAGGCCGGCGGCGGCGGCGGGGAGGGGCCGGCAAGCACGCACGGCGGGGGCCGCGGGACAGGGACGCGGGCGCCGUCCGGGGACCAGAGGAAAGAGACCGGGCACGCGGCCGGGCCCCCAGGAACACCAGCGCGGGAUCCCACCGCCACCCGCACGCGAGGGCGGUCCCGCGACGCCCGGGGCGCCGGCCGGCCCCGGCCAUCCCCGGAGCGUGGCCCACGACCCGGCCCCGCCGCCAGGGCCGGCGAGCCGUCCACCCGUCUUCCGCCAUCCAUCCGCGACAGGUCCGUCUUCCGUCUGAGUCUGAACCCCGAGGCGCGACACCCCGGGCACAACGCUCUCGAGCGAGGCGGCCCGGACCGUGACCGCACGCCGCCACCAGCUGCGGCUCAGGGGGCGGGGGCGGGCGCGACGGGCUCCCCCUCACCACCAGCCGCGGGGCCGGGGAAGCCGAGGCCGACCGGGCGUCGCGCCCCGACCCGGCCCCCCUUCCCCCAGGGCUCACACCACGGGGGGGCCGGCCGCACGCACACGGCCCCCCACCUGCCGGACGCCCGGCGGGGCCCAGCGGGACCCUCCCCCGACUCGGAGGGGGGAGGCGCGGGCCGCGGUAGGCAACGAGCGGCACACGGCCCCACCGCGGGGCCGGCGCACCCAACUCCCUCCCCUCCCACGGAGGGCGGGGGAGUUCUGCUCUGCCCACGUGCUCUGGCAGUCGCCACGGUGGCCACUGCACACUCGGGAGGGGCAGCGGCUGGGGGGUCCGGUACCCCAAGGCUCCCUCUCGGAUCGCUAGAGAAGGCGUUCUCACCGAGGGCGCGCCGUCCCUCACCCGGACCGUGUCACCUUCGGGCCCACGGAGGCGCUCCCACCAGCCACCAGUCCUCAGCUGGGCGGGAGGGGUCUGCGGUACAGGGAAGCGGACCACCGCGCAGGAGCGUGUGCGCGGUCAGGGCCAGAGCAGAGCCCGCGUCCCGCCCCCUGCGAGGCCUCAUCCGCCAAGGAAGGCCUCCACGACGAGGGGAACAGGCACGCCUCUCCCUACCGCCUCGACCCCCCGUCCCCCGAAGAGAGCCACUCAACGGGACACACACGCCACCGUGGCACGGACCCGAGGGGGACACCGGGUUAAGGGAAACGACACCACCACUCGGCCUCAGGCACCUGAGGGACGACCUGGAGCGCUCCAGGGGCACCACCGAGGGUCACGCGAGGCACGCUCACACACCCGCGUGGGGUGCGCAGCGUGGCGGCGGCGGCACAGCCCUCCCCGCCACAGGGAGGGCCGCUCGCCGGGCACACGCCGAGAAGGCGAAGCGAGAGCAAUCUGCGGUGUCAGAAGACCAACGGCCCCCACUGACGCCCCGAGGCAAAGGACAGGAGACCGAAGAUCAGGGCCAGAGGCCACACCCAACCCCUGCCUUCCUCCUCACCCUCCCUGAUGGGCAGCGGGGGGGGGUGGGGGGGGAGAAGACAAGCGAGGGGCCCCGCGGACAGACCGAGAAGAGCGGACGCGCUCACUGGGAACGCCCGUCCCUCGUCUGGCACGGCUUAGGCUCGGCCCGGGAGAACACGACCACACCACAUCGAUCCAUUGAGCCAAGGUGGAGCGGGGGGAGGCACGGGGUACCGGUCCGUCCGAGUCUCCGAACGGGGAUUUGGCUUCGAUGUGCCAAAGGAAAACAGAAGACAGAACCGUCAGCGAGGCGCUUCCCACGAGACGAGCGGGCCCCGACCAGGGACCGCGCCCGGGGCCCAGACCGUCCCAGACGGGGCAUCCAGGACGGCCCGAGCCGGUCCCCACCUCCCGACUGGGAUUCAGAGAGUCGGAGAGGGGACUUUGACAGAGAAAAAGCACGUGUGCCGGGAGACGCCUCGGGCGACCGGACCCCACGGGGGGGACCGCACACGCGCCUCCCCCGGUCAACCCUCGGGUCCCCGCCUCCGGAGUGCGACGCGGAAAACACCCCGGGCAGAAGGGACCCGAGGGCCCGGACCCAGGCGCGCCCUCCGGCGACCUCCAAGCCACCGUCUGGGCCGGUCCCCACCUCCGGAGCGGGGCCGAGGGCGAAGCACACGCUCCUGAGGGCGGCCCAGGAGGAGUCCGGACCGCCGAGCCCGAGUCCAGGCGCUCCGGGCAGGGAAGACCCUCUCCCCGCCCACCGCGGCGGCCCGGCCCAGGCAGGGUCCGGGCGGUCCGUCUCCGCGGCCGCAGGGGCACGGGGGCACGGGGAGAUGCUGGUCGACCCGGUCAGGCCGCCCCGCAAGCCGGCUCCGGUGCGCCGCGACGGUCACCCUCCUCGGAAACCUAGAGAACCAAUCUCCGGCGACAGCGGGACUGUCCCCAGGCCUCGGCGCCACCGGGACUGUCGCCGCCAGCGUCGCCGGUGUCUGAGAGCUCUGCCUCGGGCCCAGAGGCUGAGUCACAAUCCUCCUGAAAGGCCUCGCCGAAGCUCCAGAGGGGAGGGACAAUAUCCAAGCGGCCGCCAGGUGGCUCCCGACAAGCGACUCGAACGUCCCGAGGACGUGUCGCUGUCGCCGGCCGCCGGGGACGCCACCGCGCCGGCCGCCCAGACGCCCGAGCUCGGCCCGGAGCCUCCGCCGCCGAGCGACGCGACGCGACGCGACCCCGGCCGCAGAGGAAGGGAGAGACGCUGGGAAGGGUCUCCUCAGGAGGCUGCCACGGAGGAGACUCACUCCCCCACGCGAUUCCGGGGUGCUGGGGGGGACAUUCCACGGAGACGCCGGCAGGCGGUGGGGGCUCGGGGCGGGGUCGGCGGAGAGAGGGGCACCAGCGGCAUCGCAGACUCCCCCGGCCCCCCUCCCCCGAAAGCCGUGAGUCGCGGGCACGCCAUGACCCCGGAUGUCAUCUGCCGUGACGCCCAGUGGUGA